GUGAUGUGAAUGAUGUCAGAGUUUAUGAAGUCAGGGAAAGUCUAUAAAACAGCUGUCUUUAGCUGCAAUUCAGUUUUUUGUUCGUUCGUUUGUUUGUUUGUUUUAAUAAAAGCACAAAAGUAUAGGCCAGUAGCAUGACUACAGUAACAUAAACACAAAACAAAAUUUAACCAACAAGUGUAAAUACAUCCACUUAAUGCUUCUAAGAAAACAAAAUGUUGCAUUUUAUACAGAACUACAUUCAUUUGACAGAGUUGGGAGUUACUUUGCAGCAGUUACAAAAUGGGGGCCACAGUUGGUCCGUGUCACCCUGUACAGCUUGAAACCAUAAGAGUACUCCAGCCCUAGGGUUGUUUAUUCUGACUGUUCAUUCUCUUUUUAUUUACUUGCACGCUCUUGUUGUGGGGCAAGCACUUCGGCACUGACGUCAUUGAUGGAUUACUCUCUGAUUACGUUCCUCCCCUCCACGCGCGACUGACGCGCCGGUCGGAAGUGGGUCGGCUCGGUAUUAGCGGGUGUGAAGGUUGUAGUCCUGGAUGCUCGUACAUCAAUAAGACUUUGUCUGUAGUGCAUGGUUGGAGUUUGUCUCAUUCAAACUACAGAGGGUAAGAUUACCUUCCUGUCAGCCCUCUCGCCCUCUCCCUUGAUAUCAUCCUCUUGUCCUUAUCUCAACACCUGGAGGCUUUCCACCCACACAACAUGGCAGAGGCCCCAGCAGCAUCCACUUCCACUGAGGAUGGUCUGCCUGUGCAAUGGAAAGUUUCCAGUCGACACAGCAGGAAGUCUGGGUGCUCCAAUAUCUAUACAGGGGUUAACCUGCACCAAUUGCACAGGCUGUUCAGAGCAGCAGGAGAAAGAGACGCUGAACAUCGGGCGAAGCUGGCGUGGCGAGGGAUGGAUGCAGAUACAGAGGGAGGAGAGGAGAGGAGGGAGGAGGAAGGGGAGGAGAGAGAGGACGAGGCAGAACUCGUCCAGGCCUUGGUGGGACUCAGAGUCCGCACAAGGAAUAAAGCAGGUAUCAGAGUGGAAGGACACAGAGACCACAAGUGGCUUAGGGCACCAGGAUAUCACAGGAUUGAGGAGCCUUUAUCCGACUACACUGUUGAGGAUGGAGAGGCUGACCCAUCGCCAAGUCCAGGAGAAUUCCUAAUUCCCACUGAGGAAGACAUCCCAGAGAACCAAAAUCCUAUCAAACCAUCCUCAUGGAGGUUGGGUGUGGCAAAGCAAGACGGUGCCAGAGACUCUGAACGCUACCUUCACCGCAUCCUCCACUAAAAACUGAUUGGAGUUUGGAAUAACACACGUGCGGUACAAGAUGCGGUAAAAUCAUAAAAUGAUGAUUCUGCAUGAAAGGACACAAUAUAUUUCUUCAUUUACCACGUUCUGCUAACAUGUUCUCUGUAUGUUAGACCCCAGCACAUUGACAUACCUGUGAACUCUGGUAAACCUGCUUGGGGAUUCAACCAAUUAUUAUAGGUCAUUCGAACACAGGCAUGUUGGCCGUAGAUGAGGUCAGUCAACAGAAUCGAAUUGUGUUUUAACAGAAAUGGGCCAGAGUGUAACUCUCUGAUGAAAUUCCUUAUGUACAUUGAAAGUAUGAUGCAUUUUGAAUGCACAACAGAUAAAGGAGUUAACUGGACUGUUUGCACUGAACGUCCAGAGAAUUCAUGGUAUACUAUCAUGGUAAAGGUGCAGAAUAUCGUAAUGCUGCAUGAAAUGUUAAUGUUUAAAAGCACUUUAAUAGUAUGUCUAACCUAAGAUGUUUUUUUUCUACUUAAUACUGAAACAUCCAAAUGAAGAUGCUAUCAAUCAUUCUCAAUUAACCCGCAUUAACUAAUCUUUUUUUGACCAGUUGAGGACAGCAAAACCAAGUGGUAAACACAAUACAACACAAGACAUAAAUAUUAUUACAAACUUUUCAAUUGAGUUGGUCAAGUUGUUAGCCAACAGCUGUUUAUUUACUCAUGUACUAGGUGUGGGGCAACAUUAUCAUUCAGUUAGUUAUGUUUCUGUUCACCUGAAGAUGUAAGUCAGAUGUUCUCCCUUUUAGCUCUGUUUUUGGUCUC